AGAAGAGAAAAAUUAACUCGUCCAUUUUUGUUUCGUUUUAAAAAAUUUGUUUGAUAACUGAAUAAAAUAAAAAUGCCACGUAUUAUAGUUUGUAUUUUAUUAAUAUUAAUAACUGUGGUACAUGGAAAAUUGCCAAAUAAAAUAUUUGAUGGACAUUUUGUAACUGAAAAUUAUUUUCCAUAUCUUGUAUCAGUUGGAACACCAAUUUUUGGCAGUUGUAGUGGUAGUAUUAUAACACGUCAACAUGUUCUCACAUCAGCUCACUGUGUUUGUCUAAGAAGAAAUAUUGUCGAGACAGAAGUAUUAGUGUUAAGUGGUACAAAUGAUUUGCUCGAUAUAAUAAAUGGUCAAAUUCACGACGUUGAAUUGAUUAUUCUAUAUGAAACUUACGAUCCACCCAGAGAGGUCAAUGAUGAUAUUGCAAUAUUAAAACUUGCUGAUCCAAUUGAAUUUACUAUGUAUCGACGUCCAAUUUCAUUGCCAAGCACUGAUCAUAUUCCUCACGGUGAACAAGUAAUGAUCGGUGGAUGGGGUGUUAUAAGUCUAAAAACAGAUUUUCCAUCACGAUAUUUGAAAUAUAUUUUUUUAAAAAUAUUAAGUGAUAGAGAAUGCCAAGCAUUAUAUCCUUCAGAAAUUGAUUCAACACAUUUUUGUGGUGUUACACCCCAGAGACUAGGAGGUGUUACACAAGGUGACAGCGGUGGACCAGUUGUUUACAAUAAUGAAAUAAUUGGUGUUAUUACCUCUGCUCAAGAUGAGGAUGAAGGACCAGCAACAUCAGUAUUCACCAGAACCUGGCUGUAUAAAUCAUGGAUUACCAAAGUAAUCAAUCAAUAUUAAGAAUUUCGAAAACAAAAAAAAAUUAAAUUC